AUGUAUGAGCGACAACGAGUCUGGCGUGCUUGUCAGGCAUGUCGUCGCAAAAAGAUCAAAUGCGACGGAGAGAAUCCGUGCCUGAGCUGUACUCGCAUCAAAGCCGAGUGCGUCUAUGUUGAACCUCAUGGGAACAUGAGGUUAGUGGAUCCACAAUAUGUUGUCAAACUCGAGAAUCGCAUCGCAGUGAUGGAGAAGCAAUUGCGACAGCAAUCAUCAGUCGGGGAAUACAGAGAGCCCGUUCUAUCAUCGGAACACCCCGAGGCACCCCCAGCCGAAGUGCAUGGCGAUAUCAACUGCUCUAGUUGGUCGCCGGUGCCCGCUCCCGAUGGUGCACUAUCCGAGCCGCCAGACGCUUUCCGAGCACCUUCAACGGAUGCUGCAUCUCAGACAGCAGAAUCAAUACCAAUAUGUCAACCUCCAGUGACAGAUGAUAACACUAACGAGGUGCUAUAUGCGGUAAUCUUCCACGGCCUUGAUAGUAACGAUGAACAAAACAUCUCCGGGACGGAGCCUUCUACGCUCGACGUAACUCGAUUCGAAGAACCGAUAUUGCUCGCUCUGAUCGAGAUUUUCUAUGCCUCAAUCUAUCCUAUUUUCCCUAUCAUUCAUCGUCGCAGCUUCCAACUUCAAUAUGACCGUUGGAUGGCCGCGCGCAAAGAUGGCAGAGGCACCGGCAAAGACGAGACUGAGUUCUCGUUUCUCUUUUAUGCGCUUCUCGCCGUUGCCGCAUCGAUCAUUCCAGAAGAGCACAUGAUCUUUAAUCAACCGGAAAUGGAGGUAUACAAACGGGUAGAUCUGGCAGAUCUGCUUUUCUCACACGCGACUUCUAUAUCUCCCGGGCUUCAAUACCAGCAAAAUGUGACUUCUGCGAUCAACGUUGUUAUCGCGCAAGGUUUACUUAGUCUCUUUCUGACUGAAAAAGGCACCGUGAAUGAUGCUUGGGUCACUGCUGGUCAUGCGAUACGCCUAUAUCAAGGACUGGAUGUCGAGGAUAACAUGGAUGCCGCAACGAAUGCGCACGAUAUGUCGUGCGUCCACAGCAAUAUUUGGUGGUGCCUAUAUAUUCUAGACCGCUCUCUUUCAACCGCAUUAUCGAAGCCAUUGGCUAUUGACGAUACCGAAAGCGAUAUCGACUCAUAUGAAGACGAGGGUGCCACAACGUCCACGCUGGUGACAAAGACGGACCCGUGGUUCUCAAUCAUUGCGGAAUUUCAUAUCACCAUGGGCCGCAUCUAUAAGUCUGUCCGAUGCAUUCGCAAGUCGCAAACGUCAAAUAACGCCAAACUAAAAGACACGCUACGAUCGUAUGUGAAAAAACAUGAUGCAGAGCUUGAAAAGUACUAUACCAAACAGGUACUACCCAAGAUCGAUGCACCUAGUCAGACAAGGGGCCCUUUGAUGCUGCAAACAAUUGCGGUCUCUUCUUACUACAUUGGGCUUGUCCUGCUUUAUCGCACAUUCAUUGAGCGAUUCAGUAUCGCCGAGCCAGAUAUGUUUCUUCGAUGUGCCGAAGCAGCAUCCAACUGCAUCAAAGCCACCCCGCAAGUACUUGCCACCGUUCCUGCUAGUCAUUUCGUCAUUCAACAGAGCCGUGCAAUCUACGCCAGCGCCAAAGUUCUGUUGUAUUGUAUGCGGUUGGCUCGGAACCCGACCUUCACCAGCAAGGCGUGGCCGGACGUACAGAAUGGCCUCGACAUGUUACAAAACAUCAAGAUCAAAUGGCCUGAAAUCAAGAAAUAUCAGCUUUUGACUGAAGAAGAUAUGCAGAUGACACAGAUGGACCUUCAAAAGCAUGACUUGUUCCAAAGGACAUUCGAUCACUACGGACAGGAGGACCACUACCAGGAGGUUGAAUGCCAAUCAAAGCGACGCAAGGUAACCCGGGACAUCUACCUCCCUCAGAUUUCUGAUGGUCCUUUGCCUCGAGCGCGAUCUGUUAUGCAAGAUGACUGGGAUGACUCGGUGGACCAGAUGAUCGUUCCUUAUGAUUCUUUUCUCUCAGACUUUGUUCCUCAGUCUACUACAUCGGAGGAUCCUAGCGAGAAUUUCUUCGGAGACGCGAUGUUGAUGUCUUCCAUUGAUCAUUUCUUCUUAAAUCACGAGCAAUAG